AUGUUAUUAUGGCUUGUCUGUACAUAUUUGUUGCUGGUAAAAGCUUCAGUAGAUGAUAUACAGGCAGAUGAUGAUAGACCAUUCAAAGUCUUUCGAGUCGUCCCUACAACAGCACUACAGCUGCAAAAAAUGAUCAAGUUGUUCGAAACUGUGAAAAGUGAUGAAGCCGACUUCUGGCAUGCACCAAGUGUAGUGAAUAACACAGUCGAUAUCAUGGUGUCACCAUCGUUCAUCGAGAAGUUCUCACAUUUUCUCAAGCAGCACCAAUACCCCUAUCACAUCGCUAUCGAAGAUCUCAAAAAGAAUGUUCAUGAAAUUCUCGAGGCCAUGUUCUGUGUUUGA